UGAUUUCUUUCACAGACCACGAAUUACCUACUGAGUUCUUUCACUGGAUUUUCUCAAAUUGUCUGUUUUUAGUGUAUUUAUAACAUUAAUUUUAAAUAUAUUAUGAUGAUUAAUGGUUUACAUGUUUUAACAAUAAGACUUUGAGGUUUACUCGUACAGUAAAGUGCAGUGAUAAGCAUGGAAUCGCCCUCAAUGGACACUAUUUACCAGGCCAUAAGUGCCUUGUAUGAUAACCCCAAUGGAAACGAGAAAGAAAAAGCUUCUACCUGGCUUGGAGAUGUACAAAAAUCGAUUCACUCCUGGAAAGUGGCUGAUCAGCUUUUACAACAGAAGAAGGAUGUGCCGUCGUGUUUUUUCGCCGCACAGACGAUGCGAUCCAAAGUGCAACAUAACCUAUCCGAACUGCCGCAAGAGGCUAUCGUAUCCCUCAGAGACUCGUUAGUGGCGCAUUUAGAAGGCAUCUCGCCUGAGACUAGUCCGCCGAUCCUCACUCAGUUAUCCUUAGCUCUAGCCGACCUGGCAUUACAGAUGCUGUCAUGGCAAAAUUGUGUCAGCGACCUUAUUAAGUUAUUUUCAAACAAAAAUUACUUUGUUCUAUUAGAAAUAUUAACAGUGUUACCUCAGGAAAUCGACUCGUCAAGCCUAAAACUCGGUGAAAACCGGAGAGAGGAAAUUAAAACAGAGCUUCGUGCGAAUUCACAAGCGGUGUCGUUUUUUCUUAAAGAAUGUAUCAAUAGUAAUCCGAAUUCUCAUAUAGCAUUAAAGAUUAUUAAGUGUAUGACAUCGUGGAUACAAGUUAAAGCUAUUAGUAUACAGGAAGUGCCUCAGAAUGCAGUUAUAGGGUUCAGUUUUCAAGUUCUACAGGAUCACACCUCUAUCAAUAUCUUACAUGAUGCAGCAUCUGAUUGUAUUUGUGCAAUACUCCACUCCUUAGAAGAAAAUAGCAAUAAUACUGAGGUAGAAAAGUUGUUAUUUGACAAUGUGUCAGCAUUAGAAGCUAGCUACCACAUGGUAGUAGCUCACGAAGAGGAAGAAAAGGCUGCCAACUAUGCACGAGUGUUCACAGAGUUGGCGGAGACAUUUUUAGGGAAAAUCAUAUUGAGUACAGCCAAUGGAAGUGCACACUUUGCAAUGAGAUCAUUGGAAUUGGUUUUAAUGUGUGUGGGACAUCAUGAUUAUGAAGUGGCAAAAAUAACGUUCAACCUGUGGUUUCGGCUGUCUGAGGAGGUGUAUGAGCGAGACUACCAACCUCUGACCGACGCCUUCAAGCCACACAUAGAGAGGUUGAUAGAAGCCCUGGCGCGGCACUGCCAGUGUGAACCAGACCUUAUGCAGCUGCCCGAUGAAGAUGAUUUCUUUGACUUCAGGAUGAAGGUAAUGGAGCUGAUCAAGGAUGUGGUAUUCAUAGUAGGAUCGAGUGCAGUGUUCCGCCAAAUGUUCGCCACGCUGCAGGCCGACCUGGCGUGGGAGCAGACUGAGGCGGCGCUGUUCAUCAUGCAGGCCGUCGCCAAGAACAUACUGCCUGAAGAAUACGAGUAUGUGCCAAAAGUAGUGGAAGCUAUACUGUCGAUGCCUGAGAACAGUCACCCAGCUGUGCGCAAGACAUGCAUCUUACUGCUGGGAGAGCUGUGCGAGUGGAUCGAGAAGCACCCCGAGUGUCUGGAGGCCAGUCUACAGAACCUCAUCAGAGCUUUGCAUGACCAGAGAUUAGCCAACGCCGCUGCCACUGCUUUGCAGAACAUCUGCAAGGCGUGUCGCAGCCACACAGCGCCGCAUGCGUCGACACUGCUGCAAGCCGCGCGCCUGGCCGACGAGUUAGCUCUUCCGCUGCAUACCUCGUCUACUCUGAUGCGAGCACUGGCCGCUGCGAUAGGGCGAUUGCCGCAUGACCAGCUAACAGUGGCGAUGCGGGAAGCGACGUCGGUGCAGCUGGCCGGGCUCACGGAGCUGCUGAAGAACAACAAGGAGCUGAAGAAGGGCACCGUCACAGACCCCGUGCUGUGGCUGGACCGGCUGGCCGCGCUGUUUCGCGACGUGGACGUGCUGCCUUCCUCCGUAACGGGCAGCCACCCCUGCAUGCCCGCGUUCCAGGACGCUUGGCCUGUCAUCAACCAGGUCAUGAACAAGUACGUGUCGGACGGGCGCGUGAUGGAGCGCGCGUGCCGCUGCGUGCGCUUCAUGGUGCGCAGCGCGGGGCGGCACGCGGCGCCGCUGCUGCCCGCGCUCUGCGCAGCGCUGCCGGCGCUGUACAACGCACGCGCGCACUCCUGCCUGCUGUACCUGUGCGCGGUGCUGUGCGACGCGCUGGCCGAGCCCACGGGCGGCCGGGACGCGGACCGCGAGCUCGCCGGCCUGCUGCGCGCCAUGCUGCCGCGCGCGCUGGCGCUGCUCGACGCGCCCGCCGCCAUGAGGGACAACCCGGACACUGUGGACGACCUCUUCCGUCUGUGCGUACGAUACCUCCAGCGGAACCCGUCAGCCUUAGUAGAGGGGGACACCCUGGGCUCGGUGCUGCAAUGCGCCGUGGCGGCGUGCCCGCUGGACCACGGCGACGCCAACUGCUCCCUGAUGAAGUUCCUGCACGACCUCACGCGCCUCGCCUCCGCCACGAGGACUGACGACCAUCACCUGAAAGGUCUGGUGAGCGCGGCGCUGACGCGCUGCGGCGAGGCGCUGACCUUCGCGCUGCUCGAAGCCUCCGUGCUGCAUCUGCACUCCUACAUGCUCGCUGAGGUGGCGGAGGUGUUGCUGGAGUUGCUGCUGUGGCAGAAGAGCAUGGGCGUGGACUGGCUGCAGAGCGCGCUGCGCCGCCUGCCGCACGCGCCGCCCGCCGCCACCGAGCAGCAGUGCUGGCAGUUCCACCAGUACGCUAUGAGAGCAGAGAAAUGCAAGGAAAUGACCCGGCUACUGCGCGACUUUGCGCGCCUCUACCGAUAGUACGCCGCUGCGGGACUGCCUCCACACGAAGCUAAACCUGACACUCCACACGUUAUGGCCCCGUUAUGACACGCCACGUCACGGUUCUGACACCGUUCGACACGUGACGUCGCGUGUCACGUUUCAGACACUGUUUUGACACGAUACAUCGCGAUUUUAAUUCUGCUGGUCGAUUACCGGAAAGACUACAUCAAUCACCCGUUCUUGUUCUAAAAAGCGGUUAACAGCAAGAAAUAUUUUUGAGUUUUUCGCCAAAACUGUAAGAAUUUUUAAAAUUAGACGUUUCUAAAACAGUUUGCUUCGUAAGACCAAGCUAAGAUCUAACCAAAACCUUGGCCCUACGUAGCUUUUAUUUUGACAUUAUACGUCACGGUAAUCACGUGACGUUACCUUUUUGACACUAACACACAAAAAAUGAGAGUGCCAAAACAUCUUAUUUUAUUACAAAAAGAGGGAUUUUCCUUAUACAGUCUGACUUUACUUAAAACUAAAUAAAAUAUCAUUUAUUGCUUUUUGCGAUAUAGAAGAAAUGUUUCAAAUACGGAAGUAUGUAAAUAAUUUCUAAAUGCAGAACUAGGUAAUUAUUGGAUUGAAAUAUUU